AUGCAGGGAAAGGUGCUACAAUAUCACCACUUGCCGUGGACGCCGAAGGCACCGGACCUGCGCUCUCUCAACACCUUUCAUCACCAGUGUGUUCGCAUCAUCGUUGGCGUAUCCAGGCGGGACCAGUGGGACAACCGCGUCACCUCGGUUACCAUGGCCCGAACCCUCGGCAUUGACUGUGACGUCGCGGACAUCAUCCGGGAAUAUCGACUGCGUUGGCUUGGCCAUGUUGGCCGGAUGAACGACGACCGCAUGCCGAAGCGAGUUUUGUUUGGGGAGCUCCCUGCAACACGCCCUCGCCAUGGUCCACGCAAGCGGUGGCGUGACGUCAUCGUGGAUGAUCUCCGCUCCAUCAGCCCCCCUGUGCCUUCUGACUGCUGGUUUGAUGCUGCCCAGGAUCGCUCUGUCUGGAGGCGGAUCGCUCAUCGUCGUCCUCCCGCCCGUGCUCCUCCUGAUCCUGACUCUGGCUUCCGCUGCGCAUGUGGAAAGGUCUGCCGUCGUCCCGGGGACCUCAAGCGCCACGCUCCGUACUGCAAAGCUAGCGGAUAG